AUGUUUGUACCUGCAGUGUCUGUCUGGAGUGAGCUGAAGGACCUGCUGCACUAUUACUAUCCCAUUGGAAUUGAUCCCAACCGGACUCUGGAAGAGAAAUGUCCCCUCAUGGUGGAGUGGGAUGGCUUCAAGGAAUUCUUUGAUCAGCUGCACAAGAACAGUGUCCCCCUGUUCAUCUUCUCUGCUGGCGUCGGUGACGUCCUGGAGGAGAUUAUCCGCCAGGCCAGCGUCUUCUACUCCAACGUCAACGUGGUGUCCAACUACAUGGACUUUGAUGAUGACGGAGUCCUCACGCACUUCAAGGCACCCCUCAUCCACACCUACCACAAGAACAACACCGUGCUGCAGGCACAGAUUACUUCCAGCAGCUGAGCACGAGGACGAACA